AUGCGUGAUCUUGACGGGAAACACCUUAUCACCGGUGACUUUAUCGUCGUCAGCGGCGACGUGAUCAGCAACAUGCCCAUCGAGGGCGCCCUGGCCAAGCACCGUGCCCGUCGCGAGAAAGACAAGAACGCCAUCAUGACCAUGAUCCUGCGGGAAGCCGGCCGAAACCACCGCACGAAGUCCUCUUCGGUGUCGCCCGUGUUCGUCGUGGACCCGACGAAGGACCGCUGUCUGCAUUACGAGGAAAUCGACCACCAUUCGUCGGAGUCGUCGCGUUUAAACAUCGACUCGGAAAUCAUCCUGACGCACCGGGAGCUUGAUAUCCGCCAAGAUCUCAUCGACUGCAACAUCGACAUUUGUACUCCCGACGUGCUGAGUCUGUGGUCUGAUAGUUUCGAUUAUCAGACCCCCCGGAAGCAGUUCUUGUUCGGUGUUCUGAAGGAUUACGAGCUGAAUGGAAAGACGAUCCACACGCAUAUCAUCAAGGACCACUACGCCGCGCGGGUGAGGAACCUGAAGGCCUACGAUGCUGUGAGCAAAGAUGUCAUCUCGCGAUGGGCCUACCCUCUCUGCCCCGACACGAAUUUGCUGGCCGGGCAUACCUACGAUCUGCGGAAGGGAUACCUGUACCAGGAGCAGGGCGUGACAUUAGCUCGCUCGUGCGUUAUUGGUCGACGGACGGUCAUCGGACAAGGCACGAGCAUAGGCGACAAGACGACUGUCAAGAACACGGUUCUUGGACGGAAUUGCAAGAUAGGCAAGAAUGUCACUCUGGACGGUGCUUACAUCUGGGAUGGAGCGGUGAUCGGGGAUGGCACGACUGUUCGCCAGGCUGUCAUCGCUGACAAUGCGACUUUGGGCAAGGACUGCACGGUCGAGUCCGGCGUCCUUCUCUCAUACGGGGUGAAGAUCUCCGACGGAACCACCAUCAGCGAGGGCAAGCGCAUUACGAAGGCACCCAGGGAAGAAGACGGAGUCGUGCCGGCCAGCGACCCAGCAGUGGUUGGCACCGACGGAGAGGGUUACGAGUUUGUUCCUUACGAAGAUGAGGACGAAUCCGAUGACGAAAGCAACGCCUCGUCUGGCCUGGGUAUGUUUCUCCCAAAACACCACCCUUCCAUUCUAUCCAAGCGUCCACUAACCUCCCACCCCACAGUCUACAACAUGGCAAACCUCUCCCUCUCCACAGAGUCCAUCUCCACCCUAUCAUCCGAGAUCUCCGACUACGGCGGCUCCCGCUCAGGAGGGUACAGCGACUCGGACUCCGACAACGAAGACGAGGACCACUUCGUCCACGACGCCGCCGUCAGCGUCUACGACAGUCUGCGCGAAGGCAUCACCUCCGACGUGGUGCAGCUCGAGCUCGUCAGUCUCCGCAUGACCGCCAACGCCUCCGACAACCAAGUCCGCCGCGCCGUGGUGUCCGCGUUCAUGAAACGCAUCCCCCAGCUGAUGGAAAGCGGCCGCAGCCCCAACGACGCCAUCCAGGACAUCUUCGGCACGUAUCAGGAAAUCGUGGAGCGCGCGUUGUUCGAUCGCGACACGGACAAGAAACCCGAUCAGGUGGACCUCCUCCUCCUGCUGCAGCAGGAUGUGGUGAGUCGGCCGCCGCCCGGGGAUACGUUCUUUGUGGUUCUGUGCAGCGCCUUGUACCAGUUGGAGAUUCUGGAGGAGGAGGCGUUCGAGCAGUGGUGGGCUGAUGAGCGGUCCAGUAGCAGCGAGGAGAUGAAGUCGGUUAAGAACCAGGCGAAGAAGUUCAUUGAGUGGUUGGCUACUGCGGAUGAGGAGGAGAGUGACAGUGAGGAGGAGAGCGAUGAUGAGUGA